AUGACUUCGAGGGCGUUGUCUCUUGCUCAGAUUCUUUUGGUUGUUUGCCCAGCAUACACCCUUUUCGGAUACAAUCAGUCAGGACUCGGAAGCCUCGUUUCACUCUCGGACUGGGUUAAACACUUCCCGGCCAUCGACACCGUCAACACCAAAGGCGCCGAGGCUAGUCACAAUGCGACAAUUCAAGGCGUAGUGAUAGCAACAUUCACCUUGGGCGCACUGCCCGGCUGUCUGUCCUGCUCAUACACUGCCGACAAAUUCGGCCGACGUCCUGUGAUUUUUAUGGGCGGUCUACUUGCAUUAAUUGGCCAAGUGCUGGAGACAUCAUCUUACCAACUGGCACAGAUGAUCGUGGGUCGUACUAUGCUUGGAGCGGGAAUUGGCAUGCUGAGCGGAACAGUCCCAACCUGGCAAAGCGAGUGCCCCAGCUCCAAAAACAGAGGUAAACACGUAGUACUUGAUGAUCUUUUCAUCGCGCUCGGGUACAUGCUUCAAGCAUGGAUCAAUUUUGGUUUCUAUCAGUUCAAGACAGGACCUGUCACUUGGCGAGCCCCAAUCGCAAUUCCCAUCGUCCUCGCUAUCGUCCUCCUCAUAUCAAUCGUCUUCCUUCCCGAAUCUCCUCGAUGGCUUGAUGCAUCUGGGAUAUCGGGAGAAAUCGCCGGUAUCUUUGAGCAAGGUCUAGGGCUGGAUGCUGAGAAUGCCCGGAUUCUCUCCGGUGGUACACUUACAUUGAAGUUCCUAUCGUGCUUUGUAUCCUCCUUCACCAUCGACAGAUUUGGUCGUCGCAUCGCUUUGAUGGUGAGCGGAGGUGGAAUGGCUAGCUGCAUGCUGAUUGCGACAUCUUUCCCCCAUUCCAAUUAUGCCGCACAGAUCAUCAGUGUCCUUUUCGUCUUCUUUUUCAAUUUCUUCAUCCCGAUCGGAUUCCUUGGUGCCAACUUCCUCUAUUGCACGGAGGUGGCGCCGAUUCGUCUUCGCGUUGCCAUGUCGAGUAUUUCAACCGCGAAUCGUUGGCUUUGGAACUUCGUGGUUACUAUGAUUACGCCAGUCGCAAUAAAAACAAUCGGGUAUAAGUACUACAUUGUUUAUACGUGCAUUGGUGCAUUUGUCCCUAUAACUGUCUAUUUCUUGUACCCUGAGAUGAUGGGACAUUCUCUAGAGGAGGUUGACCUCAUCUUCCGCGAGUCCAUCAGUGUGGUCAACUGGGUUGAACCAAUACCUAUGGAACGUGAGCAGCUUGCCGCCGAGCUUGGAUUGAAGAAUCCAGAUAUUACUUGGCAUGUUGCGCGGGAUAUUAUAGCGGAGGUCCUCAACUUUCUAGCUCUUGCCGGUGGCACAUUGGGGAAGAUUGCAUUAGAUGUGAUGAUUAUGUCUUCCAAUGAGUUCGACGAGGUCUCAGAGCCCUUUGUGCCUCAUAGGGGUGCAUCGUCCACGAUGCCACAAAAGCGUAAUCCUAUCUCCAGUGAGGUGAUUCUGGCUGCGUCGAAGAUGCUGUGUGCCAAUGCGUCGCUGGGAUUAGAUGCAAUGGUUACUGACUUUGGGCGUGCCUCUGGACCGUGGCAUUUGGAAUGGGUGGCUAUUCCCAAUGCCUUUGUGACUGCGGUGGGCGCUUUACACCAGAUGAGUUUCGCUCUCGGGGGGUUGGUGGUUAAGGUUGACUCAAUGAGACGCAAUUUGUAUUCUACAAAGGGGUUGAUUGUGGGCGAGGCAGUGAUGAUGGGACUGGCACCACAUUUGGGACGACAGGGAGCGCAUGAUCUGGUUUAUGAGGCUGGCAAGUCCGCCAUCGAACAGAAUCGGACUCUGCUUGAGGUUCUUGAGGAGAUUCCUUCCUUGGCUGGAAUUACGACGCCGGAACAGCUAGCUGCUUUCUGUGACCAGUUGAGAUAUAUGGGCUAG